AUGUUCCGCCCACGAGUGCUGCGGGCUCUGCCCAGGGGUCGUCUGCAGCCCGUCCGAACAGUAACACCCCGCCGCACCUUCAUCCGCCAGCGGUCUUUCGUCCACCAGCCCACCGAAAAGUACAACAUCAACCAGCUCAGCGAAGCCCGCACCAGCUACGAUCGCGACCGCACAUAUUUCCUCGCCGCCGGCGCAAUCGCAGGCAUUAUUUCCUUCGUCUACACGGCCAACAAGCUCCGCAAGGCGCUCGCCGCCGAGAAGAAGCGCAAGGCCGCAGGCGCAGGCGGCGACGGGAGCUCUGACGCCAGCGCCGACCAGCGCACCGGCUACCAGCUCGACUCGUCGGUGCCGAGCGAGACCUUCACAACCGAGGCAGGAAGCAAGCGCAAGGUCGUCAUCCACGACGACGAGGGCAAGGAGCUCGUGCCCACCGGCAACAAGACCGUCCCCAGCUUCCCCCGCACUAUCGAGCUCUCCUCCAAGCACUCCGCCUCCUCCCGCGACCCGGAAGCUGCCGCGCAGGCCCCGAUCGCCGCCUCCGUCCAGGACAGCGACGGCGUCGAGUACACCCUCGUCGGCCUCGGCAUCCGCACCGUCAGCUUCCUGAGCAUUCAGGUCUACAUGGUCGGGUACUACGUCGCCACGCAGGACGUCGCGAAGCUGCAGCACUACCUUACCAAGAAGAUCAACCCGAUCGCGACGACGCUGGUGCCCUCUGAGCGCGAUACACUGAAGGAGAAGCUGCUGGACCCCGCGGAGGGGGAGGAGACAUGGACGGCCCUGCUGCAGGAGGUCGGAUGCCGCAGCGCGUUCCGCAUCGUGCCUGUCCGCGACACCGAUUUUCCCCAUCUGCGCGAUGGCUUCGUGAGGGCGAUUACCCACAGGUCGGCGGCGGACAAGGAGGCAUACGGUGAUGAGGCUUUCGGCGAGGCGAUGCGAGACUUCAAGAGGCUCUUCAGCCGCGGUAAGGUGCCCAAGUCCAAGGAGCUGCUGCUGUGCCGCGACGAGAAGGGCGCGCUUGAGGUCAUCUACGACGACGGCAGGAGCUUCGGGCGCCAGAGCUGCGGCAAGGUGCAGGACGAGCGCGUGUCGAGGCUACUGUGGCUCAACUGGCUGGCUGGCAAGAAGGUGGCCUCGGAGCCGGCGCGGACAAGCAUCAUCGACGGCGUGAUGGAGUUUGUCGAGAGACCUGUCGGCACCGUCGCCGCGCAGGUUGUGUAA